AGAAAAGAGGCGUGAGCGUGAGAUUCUGAAGCAAUUUUCGGUACGGCGACGAAGAUGACUGAGAUAAAGUCGGCGAUGGACACUGGCGUAUACGAUAACCAGCCGAGUCACGAGAGCAAAGACGUCGCCGGGUUUGGUAGUCCGCCGGCGACAACUUGCGUCGAGAAGUACCAUCCUCAGUCAGUCCCUGAUACGAAGGAGCUGUACGCCACGAACAAUCCCUUCCUGGAAAAGGGUCCAAAGGCUUUCAGGGCUUAUUCGUCUAAGGAUUGUUGGCUGCCUUUUGAAAUAGUAGAAGAAAUCAUCUCCAGGGCUCCAAUUGAGUCGGUGAUACGAUGCAAACCGACCAGCAAACAAUGUUAUGCUCUCUGCAACCACAAGAGAUUCAUCUACAAUCACUUGAAUCUCUCCCAGGAACGAUUUAUGCGAAUUUAUUCUGAUAAUGUUGAGAUCAUCAAUCCAGCGACCCUUGAUAUCUUAUCUCUACCAGUUCCAGCUGAGUUCAAUUGUGUUCCUUGUACUCGUAUCUUGUCUGUUAUUCACUGCAAUGGAUUAUUGCUAUGCAAAUGGAUCACAGGAUUAAGAAACGUCAAUGUUGCAGUUUGGAAUCCAGUUUUGGGCCAAGUCAAAUUUGUUGAUACCAGUUCUCACUCUGCACUUGAUAUAUAUGGUUUUGGAUACGACAAGGACAGCUACAAGAUUUUGAGGAUUUCUGUUAGACCUGAUGAAUUUGAGAUAUAUGACUUCAAGUCUAAACUCUGGAGAGCCUUUUCUGCUACCAUGGAUUGGUAUUUAUAUACCCCCGACCUAAAAGUCUCUAUGAAUGGAAUUAUGUAUUGGCUUGCUACAACGAAGGGUGCUAGGAUUCGGGAAACCUUCAUCCAGAGUUUCGAUUUUUCCAAGGAGACAUUCAAGCCCAUAUGUUUGGUUCCCUUUGAGUGGAGUAGGAUUGAUGACGCAGAAGCCUUUUCAGCUUUCAGAGGAGAUAGGCUUUCUUUGUUUCGUCAACUCUUUGGAGACAAAGACGAAACAAGGGAGAUUGAGGUGUGGGUCACGAACAAGGUGACUGAUGGGGUUGUCACAUUGAGUAAGUAUUUUAAUGUGGCUCGCCCUGAUCUCCCUAUCUUAAAUCCUCGUUUCUGUAGAUUAAUGUGUGUUCCGACUUUCUUCAUCCACAAGACCAAUUCUAUCAUGUUAUGGUGCGAUAAAAUUGUAGGAGAGGGUUAUGCUUGUACCAGCUUUUACGAAAUUGGUCGGGGUGAGAUCAAAAAACAGGUUGAGACUGGACAACCCUUUAGCGCUGAAGAUGAACGUAACCAUUGUGUUUGCAGCUUUGUUUACGUUCCAAGUCUGGUUCCGGUUCCAGAAUAAAAUAAAGAGAGAGAGACUCGUGAGAUCUCAUGCAUGUUGUAAGCUUUGUUUUUGGUCUUUCUGUUGUUGUUAUUCUUGUGUUCCGAUAUGAUGGUUUCAACUGUGCACUUCUAUUUAUAUAAAGAUAUUUCAUCAAU